GACCUUCCUAGUGACCCCUGUAAAGAGCUAGUGAUAUAACCAUUGCCAUAGAAUAUGGGUGAAGUAAAGGGGCUGGCUGGGCCUAUUAGGUGCAGAUUAUAUCUUUUGAUUCAUUAUUUCAGUCCAUUGUAAUUCACAGCAACAAACUGUUUUUUUCUUUUUACAGAUGUUCCACAAAGGGUCCUGGUGUUUAUCUCCUCAACUCAAGUAAUGGAGGGGGAUUCAGUGAAUCUGAACUGCAGCAGCAAUAUCUCAUAUGUGAACAGUUACACCUGGUUUAAGAGAUCAGGAACACAGGAUAUAGAAGUAGGAUUUGGGCAAAAUUACACCAUCAUGAACAUCAACAUUACAGACAACAAAUACAAAUGCAGGGUUUCUGGUUGGUACGAAACUGCAUUCUCAGAGUACAAGACUAUUGAUGUUUUCUACAGCCCAAAGAAUGUCCAGGUUUCUGUGAGUCCCUCUGCUCGAGUAAUGGAGGGGAGUUCAGUGACACUGACCUGCAGCGGUGAUGCAAACCCACCUGUGCACAGUUACACCUGGAUUAAGAGAUCAGGAACACAGGAUAAGGAUAUAGAAGUCGGAUACGGGAAGAGUUACACCAUCACAAACAUCGCCAUUACAGACAACAACUACAAGUGCAGGGCAUCCAACCAGCACGGCUCUGCAUUCUCAGAGUACCAGACACUUGAUAUUUUAUACCGCCCAAAGAACGUCCAGGUUUCUGUGAGACCCUCUGCUCGAGUAAUGGAGGGGAGUUCAGUGACACUGACCUGCAGCGGUGAUGCAAACCCACCUGUGCACAGUUACACCUGGUUUAAGAGAUCAGGAACACAGGAUAUAGAAGUCGGAUACGAGAAGAGUUACACCAUCAGUUACACCAUCGCCAUUACAGACAACAACUACAAGUGCAGGGCUUCCAACCAGCACGGCUCUGCAUUCUCAGAGUACCAGACACUUAAUAUUUUAUACAGCCCAAAGAAUGUUUCUGUGAGUCCCUCUGCUCGAGUAAUGGAGGGGAGUUCAGUGACACUGACCUGCAGCGGUGAUGCAAACCCACCUGUGCACAGUUACACCUGGUUUAAGAGAUCAGGAUCACAGGAUAUAGAAGUCGGAUACGAGAAGAGUUACACCAUCACAAACAUCAACAUUACAGACAACAACUACAAGUGCAGGGCUUCCAACCAGCACGGAUCUGCAUUCUCAGAGUACCAGACACUUGAUAUUUUAUACCGCCCAAAGAACGUCCAGGUUUCUGUGAGACCCUCUGCUCGAGUAAUGGAGGGGAGUUCAGUGACACUGACCUGCAGCGGUGAUGCAAACCCACCUGUGCACAGUUACACCUGGUUUAAGAGAUCAGGAACACAGGAUAUAGAAGUCGGAUACGAGAAGAGUUACACCAUCAGUUACACCAUCGCCAUUACAGACAACAACUACCGGUGCAGGGCAUCCAACCAGCACGGCUCUGCAUUCUCAGAGUACCAGACACUUAAUAUUUUAUACAGCCCAAAGAAUGUUUCUGUGAGUCCCUCUGCUCGAGUAAUGGAGGGGAGUUCAGUGACACUGACCUGCAGCGGUGAUGCAAACCCACCUGUGCACAGUUACACCUGGUUUAAGAGAUCAGGAUCACAGGAUAUAGAAGUCGGAUACGAGAAGAGUUACACCAUCACAAACAUCAACAUUACAGACAACAACUACAAGUGCAGGGCUUCCAACCAGCACGGAUCUGCAUUCUCAGAGUACCAGACACUUGAUAUUUUAUACCGCCCAAAGAACGUCCAGGUUUCUGUGAGACCCUCUGCUCGAGUAAUGGAGGGGAGUUCAGUGACACUGACCUGCAGCGGUGAUGCAAACCCACCUGUGCACAGUUACACCUGGUUUAAGAGAUCAGGAACACAGGAUAUAGAAGUUGGAUACGAGAACAGUUACACCAUCAAAAACAUCGCCAUUACAGACAACAACUACAAGUGCAGGGCUUCCAACCAGCACGGCUCUGCAUUCUCAGAGUACCAGACACUUAAUAUUUUAUACAGCCCAAAGAAUGUCCAGGUGUCUGUGAGUCCCUCUGCUCGAGUAAUGGAGGGGAGUUCAGUGACACUGACCUGCAGCGGUGAUGCAAACCCACCUGUGCACAGUUACACCUGGUUUAAGAGAUCAGGAACACAGGAUAUAGAAGUCGGAUAUGCGAACAGUUACACCAUCAAAAACAUCGCCAUUACAGACAACAACUACAAGUGCAGGGCUUCCAACAAGCACGGAUCUGCAUUCUCAGAGUACCAGACACUUAAUAUUUUAUACUCCCCAACGGAGGCCUCUACGUCUGUGAUUCUGACAUGCAGAGCUGAUGGGAACCCACCUGUAGAGUAUAUCUGGUACAGAGAAGGGGAAAUCACACCUGUGGCAUACGGGCAGACCUACAGGAUUACCAGUUUCAGUAAAGACAACAUUGCACAGUUCUACUGUACAGCUGGUAAUGGAAUUGGGCCUCGGAAUGCAGUUUCUGUACCGGUCACCUUUACAGAGGAGUGUCAUAAAGCACAGGUUGCAGCUGCUGGCAUUGGUGGAUACUGUGGUGGUCUCAUUACAGCAGCUCUCUUCUACGUUCUGUGGAUGAGGUGGAAGAAGCAGAAUGGAAAUGAUUCUGAGGUACGUAAGAGCAGGAGGAAGUUCGGAAAAAACACGGCAAUCGAAGAGGAUUAUGAGAACGUUGACCCAGAGUUCAAGGAUGACACAUACAACACUCUUAAUCCAAGGACCGGCUCCACAAACGAUGUGUACGAAACUCUAGCGACUACGGGCAGUGCCACCUGUGCCAUGACAGAGGUGUAGAUCCACAGAUCACCCUCUUCCUCAUCCUCUGACUCCAGUUCUGUGAAUCCGUCAUCCGAACCAUCAAAGGGAUACUGAAACCACUGAGCAGACUGAGCCCAAGAGGAGAAGCAAAGGAACCACUGAGAAUAAGAAGCUAAUGCUUGCAGUUUAUGCUAAAGGUUGAUGCUUAAAACACAGUUUUAACAUGUGUGAGAUCAUUAUUUACCUGCCUAAGCUUUAAAAGAGCCUAUUCAGAUUUUCCUAGUUUCCCUAGUUCGGCAAAAUAGUAUAUUCAUGAAUUAACUACUAAUGCUUAGUUGCCUUUGUUUUCUUUAGUUUUGAUUAAAUAUGUUAACUUGUUCUUUGAUAAUAAAAGAAUAACAGAG